GAUGACCCUCCAUAUAUAACAUCGAGUUACGAGUAUCGAUCCCAUCAUGUUCAUAAUUAGAACAGCACCCAGCCCAGCUCUGCAAUAUCUAGCAAGGAUGAAGAAGUGCGGCCUUUCACAGAUGAUCUCCUGCCUUAUCUUGGCCUUCUUUUUCCUCUCAGAUGCAGGAUCUAAUGGCUCUGAUGUUCAAAAUAUAUGCACGGUGACAAGCAGGCCAGACGAAGUCAGGAUUAUGAUUUUGAAGAGGCCAAGUGCUCAGUCCGCUAGAAUAACUUUCACAAACAACUGUCCCAAUACCGUCUGGCCGGGAACCCUAACCAUUGAUCAGAAACCUCAACUAUCAAGAACUGGAUUUGAGUUAGUAUCCAAAGCAUCCACAUCACUGGAUGCCCAAGCUCCCUGGAGUGGCCGGUUUUGGGCACGAACUGGUUGCUCUACAAAGGCCUCGGGAAGGUUCUCUUGCGCUACUGCCGAUUGUGCCUCCGGCCAAGUUGCAUGUAAUGGCAACGAUGCUAUCCCGCCGGUGUCUUUAGUUGAAAUAAACAUAGGGUAUGGUGGGCAAGACUAUUACGAUGUCAGCCUUGUUGACGGCUUCAACCUGCCUGUUUCAGUGAGCACAAAAGGUGGGAGUGGUGAAUGCAAGACCACGAGUUGCCCGACCAAUGUGAAUGCGGUUUGCCUAGCAGAGCUGCAACAAAGAGCUGCGGAUGGGAGCGUGAUCGCAUGCAAGAGCGCAUGCACAUCAUUCAAUCAGCCACAAUACUGCUGCACUGGCAAGUUCAAUACUCCGCAAAAAUGUCGUCCCACGAACUAUUCGAUGAUCUUCAAGAACCAGUGUCCUCAAGCAUAUAGCUAUGCUUAUGAUGAUACGAACAGCACCUUCACCUGCUCUGGUGCACCUAAUUACGUUAUCACUUUCUGCCCUUGAAUAACGUCUAGCUUGAUCAUGAGAUGAGGUUUCUAGCUAGUGAUACUACAAACUACUAUCUUGUGAUAAUAUACCAUCCAAAGCUUAUUUCGAUCUAUUUGGAUGGAUAAAAAUUAACCCAUAACAUGAGGUUUCUAUCAUUCUUACAUUUGAAGCUAGGUCCAUACAUUACUUAA